CAUGCUUUUUUGGCUAGUCUCUCUUCCAUUCUAUUUUUGAGUUCUGUUUUCAUUCUUUAAACCCACUUUCCUCCUUUGAUCUUUUGUAAAUUUCAACAUUUAAUGCAUUUUGGUCCCAAAAAUCCAAUAAUAUAUUCACCAAUGCCUGUUCUCUCUUCUUUCUUAAGGUUUCUUGGAAUAUUUGAGCCUUUUGAACUGAUUUAAUGAGAGAAAGGUCACAAUUUGCUCUGCAUUCGGAUCUUUGAAAUCAGUUGAUACAAUGAAUUAGUAUUAAUUUGGAGGCCUAGGGUGAUAUCCUGCGAGCGAAUUUAGUACUUUGUAGCAGUUAGAAUGGGUUCAUAUACUGGUACUUGUGAAAUUGUUGAGGCGGGCAGUGAGUUGAAACCAGUACAACGAUCUGUCCGGUCAUCUCGAUUGCAUUCUGGAUCAGGUUUAAGUGACAAAGAUCGGAAGCCACCUGUGUUGAAACUAGGAUACAAGGAUUCUCUUGAAGGUGAUAUUAAUCGGCUUUUCGAGUCUAUCAAUCUUAAAGGUCCGAAAGGUUUAAGUGUUUCGUAUCAAGGAGAUGCAAGCUCGAGCUCUUUAAAGAAAAAUGCUUUGAAGAAACCGAUUGCAAUGGGGAUGCCCCAUUCCCCGAGAAUAGGUGGCUCGGAGCGGUUGUCAUUAAAACAUGCAUUAAGGGAUCUUUGUAUUUCCAGGGCAUCGGAAAUGGCUGCUAUGAAAAGAUUAUCGAUGUCAACUAGUUCUCCGAGGUUCUCCGAAGCUGGAAGGAUAAAAAGUUUGUUCGAUUCGGUUGUAGUUGAAUCUAGCGGUGGAUCUGGUCAUCGGAUAGAUGAAGGUAACCAAGGCGUGGUUGAAAUAUCGUUGGUGCCUGAAGAAAGCAAAUUGCAGUCAUUGAGCCAAAGUACUAAUUCUUCACCUCGGUUUGUUCGUGCCACGACAGAAAUUAGCACUGAAGCUUCUACAUCGAGUCGAACUGAUGUUUCUGCAUCGAGAAAAGUUGGAACUAAAGCACCAAAAGCAAAGCUUCAUCGGAAAGAGGAGCAUACUUCUGCUGGUAAUAAUACAGUAGAACCGGAAAAGACUGUGCCAGCUUCAACAAAGUUACCAAAACGAGCAUCAACACCAAAGUCGGGACGAAAGGUCCGGCUGCAAGUUGUUGCUACUUCUAGCUCAAUGAAUGGCAACAAGGUAAACAGGAUGACAAGAAAUGCACCACGGGUAGCCAAAACGGUUGUCCGGAACAAGAGUUUGGUCAAGAAGAAAAUAAAGCCGGAAUCCAUUUCCACCACUAGCAACGGAGUUAACAGCAGCUCGGAUUCCACUAUGAGUCAAUUAGUUUGUCAGAGAUGUCAAUGCUCUAUGAAGAAUUCAAGUAACGAGUCUAAUCAAGAUUCCAUGAAGUCAAAUGCAUCCGGGGUUAGUGCUGAAGUUAACUCAAAUCCUGUGAAAUUGGCUGAAAACAAUUCUAACAAAACCCAACCUCCCAUUCCGAGGGCUAAAAAAAAGAGCCCAAAAUCGAGAGGUAAGGGAGACUUUUCCCAAAGUCCGAGUAGCCUUGGUGAUAGUACUAGCACGAGCAUUAGUGAUUACAGCAAUUUAAGCCGGUCUAGCUGUGGGAAUAGACCUCAUAUGUCCAAGGACGUUAAAUGGGAAGCCAUCCGACAUGUUAAGAUACAGGAUGGAAUCUUGGGGUUGAGACAUUUCAAUCUUUUAAAGAAGCUCGGUUGUGGGGACAUCGGGACAAUAUAUCUUGCUGAACUUAUUGGUACAAACUGCUUCUUUGCGUUAAAGAUCAUGGACAACGAAUAUUUGGUAAGAAGGAAGAAAAUGCCGAGGGCUCAAACUGAGAGAGAAAUAUUAAGGAUGCUCGAUCAUCCUUUUCUACCAACGUUAUAUACACAAUUCACUUCCGAUAACUUAUCUUGUUUGGUUAUGGAGUAUUGUCCGGGUGGAGACCUUCAUGUCCUUCGUCAAAGGCAGCCUGGGAGAUGUUUUUCCGAGCCCGCAGCUAGGUUUUAUGUAGCUGAGGUCCUUCUCGCCUUGGAGUACUUGCACAUGCUUGGAGUUAUUUACCGCGAUUUGAAACCCGAAAACAUUCUUGUUCGAGAAGACGGCCAUAUUAUGCUCACGGAUUUUGAUCUUUCACUUAGAUGCUCGGUUAAUCCAACUCUUCUAAAAUCCUCAUCGAAUUUGGAUCCUGCAAGGAUGUCUGGUUCGUGUGGAGGAUCGGGUUGCGCUGAACCCUUUUGCAUUGAACCAUCGUGUCAAAUCCGUUGCUUCAGUCCUAGGUUAUCGCCUGCUCCUACAAAAACAAAGACGGUAAGACCAAGCCAUGCUUCCCAAGUUAGAUCAUUGCCACAACUCGUGGCCGAGCCUACUGAUGCAAGAUCCAAUUCCUUCGUUGGAACACAUGAGUACUUGGCUCCCGAGAUCAUUAAAGGAGAAGGUCAUGGAGCCGCCGUUGAUUGGUGGACUUACGGUGUCUUUCUUUACGAGCUUCUCUAUGGUAAGACACCGUUUAAAGGUGCAGGGAACGAUGAAACGCUAGCUAAUGUCGUGUUACAAAGCCUUACAUUUCCGGAGAGUCCUAUUGUUAGUGUCCAAGCAAGGGAACUCAUUCGAGGUUUGUUGGUAAAGGAGCCUGAGAAUCGUUUGGGAACGGAAAAAGGAGCUGCCGAGAUCAAGCAACAUCCGUUUUUCGAAGGUUUGAAUUGGGCUUUGAUACGAUGUGCUGUCCCACCGGAACUACCUGAGUUGUAUGAAUUCGGGUUUCCAGCAGUGAUGUCCCCGAAAACAAAGAGCAAUUAUUUGGAAUGUAAAGCUGCUGGAGAGCAACUUGAAUUUGAAUUAUUUUAAUGAAAAGUAAUUUGAAAGAGUUUUUUUCAUCAUCAAA